AAAUGAAACGCUCAAAACUAAUCAGUAAGAUCGCACGCUUAAAGAAAUUAAGAUAAUUUCUCCAUGCUUGUCGUAACUGGAACGAUGCAAACACUACAGACGGUGAACUAAGCCUCCCAAAUCAUAUUUUAGUGGCUUCAUUUUUGUGUCCAAGUUUGUCUUGCCAGGAAAGGUGAAUUUUCACGAAGGAAAUCUAGAUGAGUUUUCCUUGGAAUAAAUAACAGACUACUUGCCGGUUUCUCUGCCUUAGCUUCUGAGGAAAAUAAAUCAUGAGAUUGGCAGGGCCUCUGCGAGCUGUUGCUGUGCUGCUAUUGGUGGGCCUCACCUGGGUGUUAGCCAGCUCCAUACUUGGAGGGGACAGCAACUUGGUGGUCAAACACUUCUUCAGUGGGACAAACGAGGAGCCAACAGCUGAGCCCAAACCACGCAGGUACAAGUGUGGUCUGUCAGCUCCCUGUCCUCAGAAACAUCUGGCUUUCCGCGUCGUCUCUGGGGCUGCCAACGUCAUUGGGCCCAAAAUCUGCCUGGAGGAUAAGAUCCUUGUCAGCAGUGUCAACAACAAUGUUGGUAGAGGACUAAACGUUGCUUUAGUAAAUGGGGUAUCUGGAGAGCUCUUGGACACAAAAUCAUUUGAUAUGUGGGAAGGAGAUGUUACUCACCUGUUGAAGUAUCUCCUACCUUUACACGAGGGAACACUUGUGUUUGUAGCUUCCUUUGAUGAUCCUGCCACAAAGUUAAAUGACGAGGCUCGUCGUCUGUUUGAGGAGCUGGGUAGCACAGCAGUGAAGGAGCUCACCUUCAGAGACAGCUGGGUGUUUGUAGGAGCCAAGGGCAUCGAGAACAAGAGUCCAUUCGAACAGCGUAUGAAGAACAGUAAGAACAGUAACAAGUACGAAGGCUGGCCUGAGUCUCUGGAAAUGGACGGCUGUGUCCCCCUCCGUUCCCCUUCAGAAGGUUAAACACACUCUGCUUGUAUCCCUCCCGUCCUCCACUCUUCUCAGAUGAUGCUUAUGCCCUACAUGGAUCCAAUGCUUUUAAAUACUGGGAGUGUGCAAGAAAAGUGCACACUUUGGGAGAAGGGUGGAGAGUUGGAACUCUACCUGUUUCUAAGGACUAGCACCUUUUGAGAGUGAAGGCCUCUGGUUCUAAGGAUUAGCAGCACAGAUCUAUCUGGAGAAACUGUAGCAGCAGAAGCAUUGACUAUGACAUUUUGACUAGCCUCGAUUUUCAGGCUUCCUCACAUUCCUUCUCAUUAAUGAAACUUGUGGAUGGACUGGGACCAUAAAUUUCCCUCUGCAUUUAUAUCACACCGGCCCUUUUUUGUGUUUCUCGGCACCCAUUAUUAGCCAAAUGAUCAUUUAGACAAGCCCACUUAAUGGGCUUAAGAUGGCCCUAUGGCCAGACUGUCCCUAAUGAGACUUGAGUAUGGUAUUGGUAUUGCACGACUACAGUUGGAUAAAUGAUGCUCUGUUACAAUAUCAUGUAACUACAGGGAGGUAAAGACUCCUACAAUACUUCAUUUUUUUUCUUCAUUUUUUUUUUUUUUGUCAAGUAACACGUGCUGCAAAGGAUAUCUUCUCUUGAGUGGACUGACCCACUGUAACAAUGCUGGUAGCGCAAUAGGCAAGCUGGCCUAAUGGUUAAUAUGCUAACUUGUUGAAGCAACUGUUUGAACUUGACAUUUGAACUAGGAAUUGAUUUAAGUGUUUGAGGUUUAAUGUUCCUGGGAAUGACCACGUAGGAGUACAUGGAUAUUUCAGAGACCAAAUGUUUGAUGCACAGAUAAGGAAAAAAAUUAUGCUGGAUAAAAAAAAGAAUAUAUUAAAGAAGUAAUGUCUGUAAAACCCUGCAAAUGCACAGGAAGGGGGCAGAUAAUGCUGCCUAUAUGAAUGGAAAUCGCGAACAGAAUACAAUUAAGAUUCAUAGAUUCACUAGCAACAUAUUAUUGCUGGCUGUUCUAGGAAGGAUAUUGUAUGUUGUGAUAAAUUAAGAUUAAAAUGCAUUAAUAUAUAUUUUGUAUGCAUAGUUUAAUAUAUUAAAUUGUAGAUUUCAAUCUAGUUGUGCUAGCCUGAGUGCCAGUCUGUUUGUUCCAGCAUGCCAACUCGUUGUCAUGUCAAACAUUUGGCUUGACAAGGUGCAAUGGAGUUGCCAGAAGCACAAACAGAUCUGGGACCAGGUUAAAGUGCUAAUAACCUCCACCUUUUAGUUGAGGGUUACCCUGGGGGUCGGGUGUGGGGCUACACCAAUGCCAUGAUUACUGUAUAUAUGUGAUAACCUUUGUAUGCUUGCAAUGCGCAGUGAUGUAAAAGUACUGGGUAAAUGGAGAUGUACUGCUUUAGUUCUCAGGCUGAGAAUUGUCUGCACCUGCUGGUAGUCACGCAGGCUCAAGGCUGAGAUAGUAGAGAGAGAAACCACAGUCUAGACCAUGUUUUUCUCAUCUUAGAUACUUUGUAUCUAAUCCAAUGCAACAAUGUUAAGAUAUGAUUGACGGUAGGUUGUAUAUAGAGUGUGGUCUCCUGUUUCGCGCCACAGAUCUUUACUAUAGACUAUUGAGAUAUUCUGUAUGUGAAACUCUGUCUGGAAUUGCAUUUUAUUACUAAAGCGUUUUAUACCAAGGUUUCUGUGUCAUCUAUCUUAAAGACUGAUUGGUAAAGGAAACUUACAUCACCACAUGCAAAGGACCAACCAACAUUGUCUUAGAGAGAACAUUGAUUGCUGCACAGCAGUUUACUCAAAUACAUUCUGUCAACAUUUGCCAAUCUUGUGUAUUUAACUUGGAAUAGAACUAGUCUAGAAUCCUGUAGAUACUACUUUUUACACCCCGUAGGCUAUAUUCAUGGUUUGAUUUCACACUAGAGUGGACUUCAGUACCUAAAAUAAACAUGAUUGUACUGUUGGAUAACAACACUAUUCAUGCUUUUACCUGUGUAUCUCAGGCCUUGUCCUUACUGUUGUUUAUUUGGAUAUUGUAUUACUUUGUUUUUUUGUGUAUUUUGUUCUCUGAAUUUGAUUAAAUAUACACCACUUGUUACAUUUUCAAUACUCAAAACAAGUGCUUUGAGACCAAGUGUACUAUAGAAUUCUACUAUUCAUUUUUGUGACUUACACUAUUUUGUUAAAUAUUAAAAUAUAUA